CAGUGGGUGAGGACCGAAGAGCAUAGUGGUCUCAUAAUAACAUGAGUAAGACAUUAGGCGUGUCCCAACUAUGCGUUUGAUUUACUGUGUUCUUGGAAUAAAGAUACACUUGUAGCCAAACAAAAGUAAACUUUCAUCUACUUCAAGAUGAAAUAUCUUGACAUGUUCUCACCCACAGUAGGCAGAAAGUUAUCUUGCCAUGUUUUUAACCCACCAGCUCCCACAACACGAAAUCCACUUAGCUUUCUUCAGUGAAUUUUAAGGAUAUUUUAUGCUAUGGAGAGUCAACCUUAUUUAAAGACAUGCAUGAUUUUGUUUACCAAGUUUCAUAGAUAAAACCCUAAAAAGUCGUUUGUGGUACUUUGACUUUCCCUUGUGCUUUCCAGUUUCUCCUCGGUCCUGCGACACUUAGCGUGGACAUACCGAGUGAGUUCCAGAACCUGCCCCUGUUCUAAACAACGUGGGGCCUCGCCCUGAUCCAUUCUUCUUGCCUUUGAGAAAGCUGUCUGACUGACAGUGGACUUGGUGGGGAUUCUUCUUACCUGGCUCGUGGCAAGUGCUUUCCACUUUGAAUAUGGAAAAUGGCUCCAGAGGUUAAAUGAAGCUGGAAAAGUACGUAGAUGCAGCAUUGCAGCCUCUUCAGAUGUUCGGGGACAAUAUCCCAGAGAGAAAUUGAUCCCCCUGGAUUAGGUGACCAGUCAUAAUGAAGAAAAUUAGUCUUAAAACCUUCCGGAAAUCUUUUAACUUGAGUAAAAGUAAAGAGGAAACUGAUUUCAUGGUAGUGCAACAACCUUCACUUGCCAGUGAUUUUGGGAAAGAUGAUUCCUUAUUUGGUAGCUGCUACGGUAAAGAUAUGGCCAGCUGUGACAUCAACAGUGAAGAUGAAAAAAGUGGAAAAACUAGAUCAAAAAGUGAAAGCCUCAUGGGUACGCUCAAAAGGCGACUUUCUGCGAAACAGAAGCAGAGAGGCAAGGGUGGCGCACCCUCCGGGAGCUCGGCCGAUGAGGACACCUUCUCUUCCUCCUCAGCCCCGAUCAUGUUUAAAGACGUGAGAGCCCAAAGGCCCAUACGGUCGACCUCUCUCCGCAAUCACCACUACAGCCCGACCCCGUGGCCUCUGCGGCCCACGAACUCCGAGGAGACGUGCAUCAAGAUGGAAGUGAGGGUCAAAGCCCUGGUCCACUCCUCUAGUCCCAGUCCAGCCCUGAACGGGGUCCGGAAGGAUUUCCAUGACCUGCAGCCUGAAACUGUGUGCCAGGAGCAGACCAGCUCCCUGAAGAGCGCAGACUCUCAGAACGGGGACCUGCAUCUUCACCUUGACGACCAUGUGCCUGUAGUUAUUGGACUCAUGCCUCAGGACUACAUCCAGUACACUGUGCCUUUAGAUGAGGGGAUGUAUCCCCUGGAAGGGUCGCGGAGCUAUUGUCUGGACAGCUCUUCCCCCAUGGAAGUCUCUGCAGUCCCUCCUCCAGGGGGAGGGAGCUCUUUCCCCGAAGACGAGAGUCAGGUAGACCAGGACCUGGGCGCAGCCCCAGAUGUCUUUGCGGACCAGCCGGUGAGCGGCUUGUUGAUUGGCACCACGGGAGUCCUGUUGCAGAGCCCCAGAGCGAGGCACGAGGAUGUCCCCCCACUCUCACCAUUGCUACCUCCAAUGCAGAAUCAUCAAAUCCAAAGGAACUUCAGCGGACUCCCUGGGACAGAUGCCCAUGUAUCUGAAAGUGUACGCUGUCAUUUGAAUUUCGAUCCCAGCUCUGCUCCUGGGGUGGCAAGAGUCUAUGACUCAGUACAGAGUAGUGGUCCUAUGGUGGUGACAAGCCUGACUGAGGAGCUGAAAAAACUUGCAAAACAAGGAUGGUACUGGGGACCGAUCACUCGCUGGGAGGCAGAAGGGAAGCUAGCCAACGUGCCAGAUGGCUCUUUUCUCGUCCGGGACAGUUCUGACGACCGUUACCUUUUAAGCUUGAGCUUCCGCUCCCAUGGCAAAACACUUCACACUAGGAUUGAGCACUCGAAUGGAAGGUUUAGCUUCUACGAGCAGCCCGAUGUGGAAGGACACACGUCGAUAGUUGAUCUCAUCGAACAUUCAAUCAGGGACUCUGAAAAUGGAGCUUUUUGUUAUUCGCGGUCUCGGUUGCCCGGUUCUGCGACCUACCCGGUCAGGCUGACCAACCCGGUGUCGCGGUUCAUGCAGGUGCGCUCCCUGCAGUACCUGUGCCGUUUCGUGAUACGGCAGUACACCAGGAUAGACUUGAUCCAGAAACUGCCUUUGCCAAACAAAAUGAAGGACUAUCUGCAGGAGAAGCACUACUGAAAGAUUGAGGACCCUGCAUAUUGCACUUUGGGAACAAGAAAAAGAGAUUGAAGUACCGUUUACAAACUUUCAUUGCUAUCAAAAUCUUGUGCUGCCGUAACUAUUUCAGUUUUCUGUGUAGAAGAGUCAUCAGCUUGUGUAGAGGUGGGGAAGUGUCGGCAAGGUAUCUUGGGUUUAUUUUGGUUCUUUCAAAAGGGAAGUCCGGAAGUUUUAGAAGUGAAUUAUCUUUCCUCAGUGUGCAGAAUAAUCACAAUGUGAAUGAUCAGAUUCUCCUUAAUCCCCCCUCCAAGUCCUUUGCUGCUAUCCACUGUGAUUUUUAUGCAUUAAAAGCACAUUUCAUGUGUAUUCAACCCUAAGUAAAGUUGAAUGAAAACUUAUAGAAUGAAAAUUUUUGUCUCUUUAAACGGCCCAUUUUCAAAAGGUAGUGUUGAAGAAGCAAACCCGUGUGAUAAAACACAGAAUUUACAUGUACACUGAACAUGAUUUUGUAAUCUCAUUCCUUAGAUUUAUUUAGAAUUAUGAAUUGACAUCAUUUUGGGUAACGGAAGGCAGAGCUGCAACAUGUCUUACAACACUCAUUUCUAAAUUAUUUUUAAGGUUGUACUAGUUUUUUGGUUGUGAAAAGUUGUAUUUUUCUGUUGCUUUCAUUUUCAUCUUAUAGUUUGUCUAUUUUAAAAAAUGGCCUUACAUUAAAAAUUCUUAAAUGUAUACCACCCUUUAGAAAUUGUUGCCUUUUCUGUCAUUAAACUCUGGUACAAAUUGGCAUAAACAUAAAGACCUGUGGAACUACAGCUCUUAUUAAAGAAAUACUAGUUGA